GAUUUAUUAGUUGCAACCCCGGCCACCCUCAGCGAUCCCUCCUUCUUCCACUUUUUUUCCCACCACGCCACCUUUAACCCCCCCCUCAUCAUUGUUGUUUAAACACAAAGAAGAUUCCUCGCUCGGCUUAGGCCCGAGCGUUUCCAAGAGAAGCUGAGCAGGGUCUCACCUCGAUCUUGGGAUCGGACGAUCAUUAUUCGCGUCGUGGGCUAAAAGCAUGCCCUUAUCGUCGCUGCAGCGAUGCCUUCCCAAUCACAAGCACGGCCUUUGAAACCGGCCCAAGGAGACCAACCGCCCAAACCGACGUCCAGUAAGAAGCGGCAGUCCAAUGCCCGUAUCUCAGCGGCUUGUGAAGCCUGCAAGAAGCGAAAAACUAAAUGCACCGGAGGCCCUCCGCCUUGUCAGUUGUGCGAGUCUUUGAACACGGAAUGUAUCAUUGACCUGUCUCUGGACAUGCGACGCCGAGCGGCCUUGCAGCGCACCAUUGACGAAUCCAAGUCGUUCCAAGAUGGCCUCAACGAUCUCAUCGACGGCAUCAGGGAUGGGCCACAGUCGGAAGAAUUGGUUCGUUUCAUUCGUGACGGUGCGACUAACGAGGAUAUUUUGGAGGCUUCUCAGCGACUACAGAGUUUGCGCACCAGUGAUGAACCUGGCCAAGACAGCAAAAUGAACCUCGACGACGGUGGUAGUUCAUCACAAUCCGGACCGCGCCCAGCCUUGGGGGCAACAAAGUUCCACAGUGAUCCAACAUCUGUCUCUACUGAAUUUGCUGCCAAAGAGUCGCAUUUGCAUUAUCAAACGCAUGAACCGAUCAAGAGCGAAGAGUCUGAGGAAGGGUCUCCUCAGCUCUGGGCCUUCCUCGAAAAGCUCAAAGCCGCAACCAUGCCCGAAGCCGAAAGAAUGCUUCACGGCUUCGCCAAAUCCCAGGCUAGCGACAGUCUCUCUCCUCCCGACCGAAACCCUACAUUGCCCGGACAGUCGAAUCAUUUCGCCAGCGUUGCUACGGCACCAACAUACGUUGAAAGGGCUACGUGGCACCCCGCUUUACAUCUACGUUCGCAAGAUCAAGAGAUGGAUUCACCAGAACGGCCAAGUCUAGGCGGCACCUUUCAGAGACGAUUCUCCACCGACACAGGUAUCUCAUUCAUGAACCGGGAAGGCGUACCUUCACUCGGCGCACCUUCACUCGGCGCAAUGACAGGUGAUCGAGGUCAGGAUAAGGAUGAGUUCAAGUUCGCGACACACAGCGACAUGAUGAAAGAACUCAAGGACUCUGCUGCGCCACUGUUGCCUUAUGUCGAGAUGUCUAAUAUCCCGGCCCAGAGUCCAUUUAUUGCAAGCAGCUGGGACUUGUCCAUCACUCGAGAGGAUGGAAUCACAAACCUGCGCAUUCCCGUGCACUUGGUACAACCGUUGUUGGUGCCGGAUGACUCGUACCUGAGCAACAUGUACACCGACUACGUGCGAGGGGCUCGCUUUAUGAUUCAGCAGGGCACUCCUGUAUCGCAACUGCUGGGUUCGACUGCUCAUAUCCCCGUCGAUUUGUUUUUCAGGAACCGCGAGCCGAAUGAUCCGUGGGAUUGUGCCUCGUGGGCAUGUGAAAUCUGGCGGAGUUUCGUCGAAGUCGAUGGUCGUGUGAGGCUGGCGAGUGUCAUGUGCUUGACAUUGAUGAUGCGGUGGGUAUUGUCACCAACACUUGCCAAUUACCAAAAGAUCCCGGAUAUGAUGAAACCGACACCAUCACAACGAAUGAUACCACAUAUCGCAGCGAUCGAGACGAUCCCAAUGUGAGUGAGAUGGAAUUUUGGUAGGCGAGAUGUUGGGAUAUCUCAAACUGACUGUGUUGAAAACAGCGGCCCCAUCCGAGACGCAGUCAUCUUCCAACUUCGAGACUGGCUGUCAGAACUCAUCAAAGCAUCCUGGAGUGUCAAUUGGCCACAUGGCACGGAUGCCGCGGUCGAGCAAGAUCCGCUGACGGGGUUGAAAAGGUUGUCCAAUGACUUCAUUGACCAUGCGAGUCGAUACGAGAAUUGGAGUGUCGGCAACAGCUUCAUCGAAGCCUUCCCAGAGCUCUCUGGCAGGAUCAGGGUCCACGAUUGAACAAUCGAUCACGACAAGCAAAAUUACUGUACUACCAGAUGCGGCUAGGGAGGGACCAGCAGCUGUGCAUAGCUGGAUACCUGGCCCCUUCAGGCCACGAGCACGACACUCAAGGAUCACUAUAAGCACAAAAGGAGUCGACUUGAACGGCCCCAGCCUCCUACGCCAAACAAAUCCGCCCUGCCCCAGGACGAAGAGGCAUCCAGACCCAAGCCGCCAAUAACCGAGAAGCGUGAUCAAAACCCAUCCGACCAAGCUGAAAGGAUGACAAUUGUCAAGACAAGACCAGGGACACGAAACCCGAAUAACCAUGCACACAUGGGCACUUUCCUUGGUAUGGUUGCACUGGUGGCCAGCAAAAGGGACAAACCAACGUACAAAAGGCCCCCAAGGGUGCUGACGCGUCGAGUCGACCGAGGUGUGUGUGUGUGUGUACCCAGGGGAUACAACUGUUCUCCUUGUCGUUUACUCGUAUAGCUGUGUGGCGGCUAUGUGGCGGCUAUGUGGCUAUGUGGCUGUGUGGCCUUUGAAUAUUACAACGUCAAUCAGUCACAUGACCAGUGGCAGUGGCUAUGCUGUCACGCUGUGUCAUACAAAGUACGGAGUACGAAUGUCUUCGCAUCAAAUAUCCCACUCUGGAUGGUCACGUGGCGGUCGAUCUGACACAGACAGGACAAUUUAGAGUGGUCUAGGCGAUCUUGGCACAGAGUCUCCUGAACCAAUCAAACCAACCGUUACAGGGGUGAAAUGCCUCAGGCACCAAAACCCUUGACUUUGGUUCCCAAAUGACGAGUACUUUUACUCAUUGGACGUGGCGAUAAUUCGCUCUUUCUUCGACAAAGGACAAGGACAGGGACACGCAUGCCUGAAAGUCUUGAAUUGCGCGUUCGUGCGUGUUCUGCAGUCUUCUCUUGCGAGUCUAGUCUCUGGGGAAUCCACACCAAAGAGGCGAAUACCUGGGUAAUCGUGGUGACCUGUCCUUUGUACCUUUUUUCCAAGAUUUUCGCAUGCAAGAAACAGGAACUUUUGCACAGACAAGAUGUCUGGUCAUUGGUUCUGGGGCUGGUGCCUUGACUAAAGGUUUGCUGGAUAUGCUAGAUCUACAUAUGUACUGUACUUGCGUGCUCUACUGGAGGGCCACAGGGCUGGGGACCACCAUAGAUCAUGGUUGAUGCCUGCCUUUGUGCUGCUUUGCCUUCGCCUGUUCGCUUCGUUUUAGAUGAAUGGGCAAACCAAGAGAUAAUGAAUGGAGUCGAGUUGAGGACCGGAAUGGCCGACUUGUGUAACUUGACUAUGAUUAAACAAGUAUUAUUAUGAGUGGCGGUAGUGUAAGGUACCAAGACCUAGG